AUGAUUGCUAGAAGUCCCUGGGUUAGUGCAACCAAAUCUCACGCACGAGCGGUUCCGGGUGCUCCAAAACUUGUUCGCGAAGUACCCGGAGAAAGAGCGCGGGGUGGGCGAGCCCCAGCUGCAGCCGAGACGCGGCGUCCAAGCCUACAAGCAACACGGGAGUCAGGUGGGCGCUCUAGAAAUUUCCGGGCGGGCGUGCGGGCGGCCGCACCUGUCACGCCCGCGGCCCGCCCAGGCCUGCGGCCCGCACUCUCCCGCAGCCUCCGCGGCCCUCUCGCCCUUCCCGCCGCCCGGCCGGGUCCCCGCCUCAGGCCGCACUCGGCCGCGUCGCCUGAGCCGCGAGCUGCGGGGCUCCGCGGACUCACCGGGCCUCGCCGCGGCGCGGCCGCUCUCCUCUCCCCGCCGCUCCCGCGCAGCCCCGGGCGUUGGGCGCGGGGCGCAGGCGUCCGCAGUAACGGGCCCGCGGCCGGGCGGCGGGCGCGCGGAGGCGGAGCGGAGCGGAGCGGCAGGCCUGGCGCCCGCAGCGGCGCGCGGGACUUCUUUCCUGAGGGUCGCGGCGCGGCGCGGCGGACGCUGGUGCCGAGGAGAGGUCCGCGGGUGACGGACCGCGGAGGACCAGAACCACCUGCCGGAGGAGCCGCGCUACGGGGGCCGCGCAGGGUCCAAACGGCUCGCGUAGGCUGCGGCUCCGCGGUCCUCGGGGUCGCGGAGCCGGGAAGGUGGGAGGCCUUCCGGGACAGAGGCUUAGGCCGCCGCCCGCGCAGCGCGGCGGGAUCACUGGGCUCUCCCGAGGCCCGGGGGCGGAGGAGGACCGCCAGUCGGGGAAGGAGGGCGGUGCCGCCAGGAGAUGCAGACAGCCCGACGGCCUCGGAUUCCCCAAGGGAAAGAGAACUGCUCAGCUCUGCCGCCCCGAACACCUAUCGGGUCUCGGUUUAGGUUUGCAAGCUAAGUUAAGUGGCUUACCCAAGCCCAGCAGCCAAGGCAGAGCUGGAACGCCGCUGUACUGCCCCGGCGCUAUCCCACACAAGUCACUUCCCCGGGUAGGAUGCUGCGGGGACACCGAGAGGAGCUGAAGUUAUCCUCGCCCUCACAGAGAAAGGAGCGAAGCAAAGCUAGAACUGUAGAAAACGCCAGACCACCAGAGGGGCCUUGUGGAAAAAUACAAAGCACCACACAGGAGGACAGCGUGCAUCUGUGGGGCAGCGUGAGGGAGGAGGCUUCUGGAAUUGGCCUGGGAAGAGGUGGAGUUUUGCAGGGAGACCUUGGGGCCUCAGAUGCAGGCCUUUGGACGCGCGCUCCACUGUGACUGAAGACGCCAGAGGCUGGGGCAUGGUGACAAGUGCAGAGACAACUGGAAAUGGGGCACAAGUUCCAAAUGGGAGGAUUUGUGUUUAAGGCAGUGUUUCGUUUUCUAGGUUUAGAAGUUGGGAGGAAGGAAAGGCUUUUGCUUUGUAAGUACUGUCUGAAGAAGGCAGACGUUAGAGAUGGAAAACUGGCGGCCUGUGUAGACCCGGAGAAGGUCAAGACCAGCUGUGACAGCUGUUACAGAGGUGUGAUGACACACACCUGUGAUCCCAACACUGGGAGUCCGAGUUCUAGAUGCCCAUUUUAGUUCUUCAGAAAGCACAGCCGCCUCUUCUGGAUUCAGGACUCCAUCUCCAGCAUCACGGUCUAAGGAGAAUCCACACAAAACAAAAGCAAUCACCUCAAAUCAUCUCAAAACCAGCUCUGUAUUCAGGAACCUCAGGGCUACGCAGCCGGAAUGAGAGCCGAAGGAGACUCAGCUGGCAAGACUGUGUUGCCACAGCACCUGUUUGGAUACCAGCCAUGUACUCAGGGACUACUUAAAAACAUGUGCUAGCCUGCUGGAAGUGUGAUUCCAGCUGACAGCAUGUUGGUGUCUAAGCCAAGGUUACAAGAGGGAUACCUCAGAAUUUGCAUGUGGAGCAUUCUGACUAAUGCCUGCCACCUCAUGAAGAAAAAGCAUCCCGUGAGAAGAGAAGGGUUUGCCAACUAUGUUCUGUUCCAUCCUAUGCCUUACUCCUACUUUCCACCUUGACUUUUUGAUGCUGUGCAAUAUCCAAGAAAUCACCACUCAAAAGUCACAAAGCAGGCCAGAGAGAUAAGUCAGAAGUUAAGAGCACUUACUACUCCCACAGAGGACCCAGGUUUGGUUCCCAGCACCCAUAUUAGGUCACCACCACCUGUGACUUCAACGCCAGGGAUCCAACACUCUCUUCUGGCCUCUGUGGGCACAUACAUAGACACA